CUGUUUGUUCGCUUGUGGAAUUUUGUACGUUGACUUUUGAUUUUAUAGUCAAAAAGUGUUUUUGUUAAGUGUUAGUAAAUGUUUCAAGUAUUUAGUAGAAAUUUUAUUUGACAAUGACUAUGCAGAUGACAGUAAGCGGUAAACUUGAUACAAAUUGUAAGCAACGGUAUAGAUUUGCUGACCCCGAACGCGUUAAAAAAGAUCUCGAAAACGAGCGUCGCAUAACUCGUUUACAACAGGUACGCGAGAAAUCCAACACUUUGGCUCGCCACAUACGCCAAGAAGUGGCCACGGAACAAACGCGUCAAUUAAGAGCCCUGGAACAAGUGAAACAGCAAGAGUUAGAUACAUGGCGGGAGCAUGUUGUGGCCAAAAAAUGUCAGGACUACCGUACUUCCAUGUUUCAGGUAGGGGCCGCCCAUCGAGCCGCCCAGGUUGAAACCGAAAACGCCGAAAAGCAAAAGCAGCUGCGAGCCGAGAAGAUACAACAAUGUCGCCAACUCGCAGCGAAACGUGCAACACAGCACAAACCAGCAAAUGUUCUGCGCUCGACAGCAACACGGGGCCUUAAUGUGGCGGGUCGCGCCACUGCAGGCACACAAACACCAGUACAAGUAGACAGACAGAGAGAAACCGGCGGCAAAGAGAACAGAUUGUGCAAUAAUCAUGCCUGCAAAGGAGGGAAAAGACAUCAUUCGUGUAAAUGCAGUCAUGAUAAAAGACGUUCAUCAACUAACGAUCGCAAUGAGAGCAACGAGGAGGAAGAAAUAUUCGAAAUAACAUCGGAUAGCAACAGCAGCGACGAUGACGGAUCGCAACCAGCUGCCAAUGAUGCGAGCAGUGGGUCAACUCAGCUUCAACAGACGCCUCCAGUUAUUUUAGAUGUGGAUGCCGAAAGUGAGGACUCACUGGAAAUCUGCACACGCAAUGGGAUUGAAAUUAACGAUCGACACAUGCAGAGCAAUCGCAAAUUUAGUCGCGUCGUUCGUCCCACUCCUGUCAAAUCGUCAGGACUGCAGCCACCACCAGCAUCGACCGCUGCUGCUGUGCCUGGUCGACCACGUUUCACUCAAAUCAGCGACUUGGUGAGGCGUACAAGUACAAACUUGGAGGGCGCACAGAAACAAGCAGCUGAAGAGGGAGAAGACCGCACAAAAAGUCCGACGAGAUCGUCGUCACGGUCCCCUAGAAAGCCAACAAAAGAAACUUCUCAAGCUGGUUCAUCCAAUGUUUCGCCUACUCGAACAGCAAAGGAGCCUAAUCAAAAAUCUAAGAUGUUACCACCAGACAAUCAUCAGCAAAUUCCAAAACGUUCCUCGUUGCGAACCAAUAAGCCGCCCGUUCCUCCGGUUAAGGUAAUAGAUGCAGGAUUGGGACGCAGCGCAGCACCGGUGAAACCAGCCAGUGUAACACCAGCCAAUGCUGCUGGCACGGAAAAUCCGGAGAAGGAAGCAGCGGCCGAACAGCAAGCCCGUACGAAUCCCAUGCAACAACCACCCGUACAACUGUUUCACAUGCAGCAGCCACCAGUCGAUCCGCUGCAGGUGCAACACAUAAGUGUGCACCCACUGCCACCUUACAUUCCUCCGCAUCCAAUGUACGUACCACAGAUGAUGCCACCCUAUAAUAUGGUACCCUAUCCUAUGCCACCUUAUCCUACGAUGCCAACCAUGGGCCAGUGUCCCGGAAAAACCCAGCCAGUUCCAACUUCGGCAUCUAGUGCAUCUGGUGCUCCUUCUAACACGAUGACCAAUAAAUCGGCAGGUACCUCUAAAGGACUGGUUGGUGCAGCCAAUAACCUUGGGCACGUCCAGUUCUAUGAUCACAAUAACAAGUAUCGUCGCAACUAUAAGGCGCCCGAGAAAAGCGUGCAAGUGAAUCAGCACGAUUGCACAAAUAUGAAUGCCAUGGAAAAUGCACGCAUUGAGAAUCAGCUGCGGCAGCUACGCGAACUGGAACUGAAUAAUCUACGCCAAGUCACCGAUGAACGUGGUCAGAAGGCACUGCAACGCGAGCAGGUGCGUCGCGAUUGCGCCGAACUGGAGCAGAAAUUGGAGGCAUUAGCACAGCAGCAGCCACAACUGCUGCCGAGUGAUGCAAAUUUCGUGCCGAGUCACCGCUACGCGGAUCUAGCAUUGCGACGUGAACAGAAAAUGAAUGCAGCUAUGGAGGAGAUGCUCUUGCGUCCGGCCAUCGUUACCUGCCCGGAAGUGGGCGUAACCAAGCAUGUUUCACCUCGCAAAGGAAGCGUCCGUGGCAAAGCGAGCGUACCGGAGGCAAUCAAUGUGGGUGACCCACCGAGCAAGAUAGAUGAUGCUGUUAGCACGGCCAGCUGCUGUUCUAUAUUGCUAGAGUACGUUGAUGAUCAGAGUAAGCAGCUGCGUACAGAGCUCAAGGGAAUGCAGAGCAGUUCGUCCAAGUCAAUGAAGCUAAGGAGUUUGCUGCAGCGCAUCGAAAAAAUUCGCACACAACUGCUGGCCGAGUUGCAGGCGGGAGAUAUGACGGACGAUAAUGCCCAGAAAGUGAUCGACUCGAUACGCAAAGAGCGCGCCAAUAUAUUCACGGGCAGUGCAAGCAAUAUAAGCCAGCGAGAGAUGGAAUUGCGGCAGAAGGAGGAGUUGUUGGAGCAACGCAUACGCGUGCUAUACAAGCGGCAGAAGCAAAGCGAUGGUCAGAAGGAGCGCAAGAAAAAGGAUGAUGGCCCUGUCGAGAUCAUAAUCAAGGUGACGAGCGACGGUAGUGUUAAGCAGUGUAUUCCCAAACAUAAAUCUAUGGGCAAACUGCAGAGCAAGUCGAAACCAACCACAUCUUCAUCCUCCCAGCCCAGUGACAAAUCACCCAUAGUUACAACUGCUCAAGUCCAUCGACAGAACUCAAUAGAUUCCAAUUCAACGUCGUAUCGUGAAUUGCCGCCAGUCAGCUAUAAAAACACAAAUCCUGUAGAGGCAGUCAGCGCUACGCUGCCUGGUCAACCCGCUGCUGAGCCUCUGCAUCCAAUGCUCGUUCGUUAUGUGGAUCGCUUGCUAAGCAUGUCGCGCGCCUCCAUAGAUCAGUUAGGCGCCUCCGGCUCUGAAGUGGCAACCCCAACGGAAUCGAUCAUCAAUAAUCCUAGCAAUCUGCCACUUGAUUCCUUAGGGAAUGACACCUUACUUGAUAAUCAGCGUAUGGAGCGUGUGCAAGCCUUUAUCCAAGAAAAUCGUUGUUUUGUAUCUGAGCUUGAGGACACGUUGCGCAGUCAACACAAAGAUCAAGACAGAACAGGACAGGAACAGGGAGAGCAAAUAGAUAGGGAACGCAACAUGGAUGACGAUCAUCAGAAAUGGAAUACACUCUUGUCCAGGCAACAGUAUCAGCCGCAGCAACAGCAAAGGCAGCAGCAGCAGGGUCGGCAGCAACUGGAUCAAAGGCUGCAACAGCAGCAGCAGCAAAGGCAGCAACAGAGGCAGCAGCAGACUCAGCAGCAGAGUCAGCUGCAGCAGAGGCAGCAGCAGGCGCAGACUCAGCAGCUGCAGCAGCCGCGGCCGAACCAACCACAGCAGAGACAGCCGCAGCAAUUACAACAGCGGCAGCAAUCACAGCAGCCGCAGCAGUCACAGCAGCCGCAGCAAUCACAGCAGCAGCACCGGCAGCAGCGACAACAACAAUUUGAGAGACCGACUACCACUAACCGUGCGGUAGCAGAAGCGGAUAUGGCAUCUCGUCAGUCGACACAGAAUCAAGUAGCUACGACUACGACUGCGCAGAGAAACCAAGCCGCGGAGGGAACCAAGAGCAAGUCUCCGACCACGGAAAAAUGUUCAGUACAGCAGAUCGAACGAUAUGCCAAACUCACGGAGAACUGCACACAGCGUAUUGCAGAGCUAACGGAACUAAUAACCAAGGUGCGAGAGGAAAAGCAGCGACUGGUCGAAGUCACACUAACUUCGGCCAGUGAAGGGGAUCGCCACUCCACAGAGUAUUACGAUUUGCCGCCGUUGCCAGGGCAGCAACGCUCUCGCUCCGCAUCAGAGCGCAGUGACAGCCAUAAUACGACGACAUCCCAGUCUGAAGCUCUGCCGUUGCAGAAGAACAAGCCAACGGGUGCCAGUUUGGAUAGCGGUAUAUCUAUUUCACGACCGCUAACAGCACUAGGCCAGGUAGAUCUCCAAGAGCCCGAGCCACAGUCGUUGCCCCCCUCCACACCGAGCAGUGGAGCGCGUCGCUGCAAGGGGCCCCCAGCCACAAUACGUCGCUAUAGCCCACAGUUGACCGCAGAGGAACUGGCGCACGAGCUAUCCACCAUUACCGAGGUGGAUACGCCAGCGCAGUCGCAUAUUGUGCCUGCAGCUCCGACAGCAGUUUCGUUUCCCAGUUUCUACCAGUAUGCACGGGAGCUACAGCUUGACCUGUUGCACAUGGAUACGAAUCAAACCAGUCGGCUGCAGCACGAAUUUGAAGAGCUCAUUCAAACCAUCAAGAAACGAGGCCAUGAUGUUGACUAUCGCGAGUUUCCCAGUAUCAGUGCUUACUUACAUAACAUUACCGCAACAGCGACCCAUAUGGACAGCACGAAGGAUCACCAAUCCUUGCAAGCCGAUGAGGUCCUGCAGCGCCUACGCGUACAGAAUAUCAGUAUACGUGAAUUUCCUAACAGACGCGACUACAUACAACAGCUGCUGGAGAGGGAGCCCCCCGAGCAACGGGAGCUGAUUGACAGCGCCAGCCUGGACAGCAGCGAUUCCUUGAAUGUUGAGGCAGAGCUGCGCCAGAGGCGCAUACUCAGGUCAUCUUUUAAACGGGAUACACGACCGUGCGAGAUGCCUGACCAGGAAAUAGCCAGCAGCACACGUCGCGAUAGCGCACCUCCGGAUGUCACUUCAUGUUCGCCCAAUGAAAGUGGCAUAGCACCAUUGUCCAGGUCGCCGUUGACUAUCGAAGUGCAGGUGGAUAUAGAGCGCAUGGCUGCGCUCACUCUCAAUCAGAGGGAGCAGCCGCAACCUGCUGAGCCAAUGAACACUAGCGCCGGCAGUGCUUCAUCAGGGCUCCAUCAACGAUUUUGUGGCGGCACUGUAGAACAACCUUCAUUCAGAGACUCUGCUAUGGACGCACCGCAAGAUGUUAGUCAGAUGGGGCGGUCACUUAAUUUGCGUGAAUUUCUUACCAAAGAGCUGCUGAAACACCGUGUGAUCGGUAGAGGCAGCAACUCCGAGAGCACCGACGAAUCGAUAAAAAGCAACUUUCUGCAAUCUGUGAUUGAUUCUCUGUCUCCAAGUUCAGCAAACUCUCCAGCGCUCGGACAUGCCACCAAUGGCACCAACGAUAGACAAAAGACUUCGACACCCGUUGGCUCGUUUCACACCACGCAGGACAAAACGGGCUCGGUGCACAGCGUAGACACCCAACUAUUCUCAGUUGAGAGUCGCAUCUCCGCGGUCAACUACGCCGAUGGCACACCGCCAGUGCCUUACGAGCAGCAAACCACUUCUGCGGCGAAAUCGUCAGCAGGACGUAGCUCGAAGACUGCAGAUCGACUAUCGAGAAAAUGAUGUAUAGCUUUACCAAGUUUUCCAUGUAAUUCCAUUUUACUUGUAUGUGUUGUUGCUCAUUGUUUAUCAUCCUUACUGUGACAUUCAACCUGCUAUAAUCGUCAAAACGCAAUCAUUAUGAGAAUUAUUUAUAUAUAUUUUAAUAAAUUUAUUAAUUUCCACCGUU